GACGCGAAAGUUGAUCGCGUAUUCGUGAUGGCGACAACAAAAUCUUUCCCCUUUCUGCAAUCGCGUUAAUAAAUUUAGAAUUUCAAUAGAACUGUUUUAACGAAGUGGUUUCAAUUAAGACAAACCGUGUUCCCAUUCCCCAACGGAAUCGUUGCCGGAGGAAGUUUCCUACUUCGAAACAGCCCAUUUUUCGGAACAGAAUUCAAACAUCCGUGAAUCGAGUCUCCCGGGGGAGUCCAAUCGGAUAUGGCCACUAUCAACAUGGCUGAAACCUGCCGGCUGUGUUUGAAUUCCAACUUGGGCCAGGCGGUGGUGAAUCACGAGGACGACCAGCUGCGAAGGAAAAUCGAUAAGGUUUUUUACUUCCAGGUUUUUCGCAAUCGGGACAUUCCGAGUAUGGUGUGCGACAUCUGCAUUGAAACUGUGGAUGGCUUCUACGAGUAUGCCGAGAAGGUUAUGAAAAAUCAGCAGUUUUUGCGAUCGGCACUGGUUCCGGUUCCGUCAACGUCGACAGCUGCUGCCCUCAGUGAGUUGGGUUCCCACGUUAGCAAUGACAUGGUUAAAAUUGAGUACAGCGUUAAACGGGAACCAACCGAAACGGAAUGGGUCGGAGUAGAUACCUACUGCGAAACUUCGGUCGUUUCGGUACAAGAUGAGCUGCUUCAGAAAGAUAUUCAUCUUGAGGAACUGGAUCUGGACACGAAGGACGACCAAGAGGAGUGGCUUCCGGUGGAUGAGGACGAAGAAUACGAAAGCGACGUUUCGGAGAUAUCGGAUUUGGACAUAAAGGACGACGAUGAAUACGAAGAGGAAGAAGGUGAAUACAUACCGAAGGCUAAACGGAAGUACACUCCGAGGAAAAAAUCGACUUCCCCCAAGAAACCGAAAGCCCCAAGUAAGCCACGGGAACCACGAGUUGGUCCAAGUCUGGACGAAAAAAUCCUACAGCAUUACAAACUAUCGUGCGAUCUCUGUGCGGAACCACUCGAGGAUUUUACGGUCCUUCGUAAACAUUACAAAAAUUGUCACGACCAGGAAGGUUAUCUGAAGUGCUGUAACAAGAAAAUCUACAAGAAAUGUUGGAUGAUUGAACACAUCCAGCUUCAUCUGGACCCCGACGCAUUCCAUUGUGAUAUCUGCAACAAGAGCUACAGUUCCAGCAAAGUGCUGAAGGAACAUACCAAAGAAGUACAUUCACCGAACGAGGAUCGUCCCUUCAAGUGCGAAGUCUGUCUGAAACCGUUCGUUUCGAACGCACAUCUAAACGCCCACACAAUGGUUGCCCACGGAUCGGUCCAAUGUCCUCAAUGUCCAAAAGUCUUGGCCUCCCAGGGUUCCCUCAAGAAGCAUCUGGUAGCCAUGCACGGCGACGGGGAGCAGCACGUCUGCGAUGUCUGUGCCCGAGUGUUCCGAUCCAAGCAAUGUUUCGAUACCCACGUCAAGGGUCAUCUGGGAACUCGGCUGGAGAACAAGGUCCAAUGCAAUGUGUGCUCCGUUUGGUUGACCGAUAAGUACUGCCUGACCAAGCACAUCCGACGGAUGCACGUGCAGCCAGAUGUGGCGAUGGCCUGCGAGCUGUGCGGCAAACAGGUACGCAACCAGGACGCCCUGAACUGUCACAUGCGUCGGGCGCAUACGGAGAGCCGGUUCGAGUGCGACAUCUGCCACAAAAAGUUCAAGCGUCCGCAUCAUAUGAGGGAGCACAUUGCCAUUCACCACACCGGCGAAGAUCUGUACGGGUGCAACCACUGUAGCGAGCGGUUCAACACCAAGAACAAACAGUACAUGCAUCGGAAAACGGCUCACCCACUCGAGUGGGAGGAAGAGAUGCGCAAACGAAUCAUGAAGGAUCCUUAGGUUAGCGAACUUGUGCUCAGAAAGUGGAAGUAUUUUAUUAUUUCGUUAAUUUUCUUGCGAGAAUCGGUAAGCUAUGACUUACCCAGUUACAGCUUAAUGAUGACAUUGUGAGUACCAUUUUCUGCUAUGGUAGAAAGGUAACGUAAUUAUAUUGUGUAAGUUAUGACCAAACCAGGAACGAAUGAAGUUUGAUUUCUAAGCA